GGAAAAGCAACAUAAACACUGAGCAUCUAUUGAAGAAGAAGGAACACCAUUCAUUUUGCAGUACAGUCCCACUGCGGAUGGCAGCAAGAAGAGAGCAAAGAAAAUGGCCGCGAGGUAUGAGGGGGUCAGAAUGAUUCAAGAACAAAGGAUAGAGAGCGAAGGAGAAGGAAGAAACCAGCAACAGCAAGAGCAUCAACAACAGCAACAUCAACAACAACAGCAGGGAGAGGCUGUGAUGACAUUCACAGCCUCGGAAAUGAAGCAAUUUAUUGAAAAAGUGGGAGAAAGCGCAGCAAAGAGAGCGCGCAUUGAAUUUGUUGAACAUUUCAAUCGGGAAGAGCUGAUAAAUGACAUAGCUGACUGCGUCGUUAGCAAAUUGCGUCAAAGACAGCAAUAUAGGCCACCACAAGAGGUUGCAAGCACAGCAGAAUGGAUGGCGCACUGUGAAACUGAGGAGAGAUUUUACCGCCAAGUAUGGGGAACACCGGCUUCUAUGCCAACACCAACACCAACACCCACACCACCAGCAAUGCAGACAUUGAAGCCGGAAUAUCAGCCGCAGCGGCAGCACUAG